CUCAAGACUGUCAUGGCGGUCUAUUGAAAUGUCACUACGGUAGCGACUAAUAAAAAGUAGUAAUUUUUAGCAAUUCCUGUAUGAUGUAGUGGUAUUUAGUGAUAGCGGCGAGUGUAGUGCGCGAGUGUUCGUGAAGUGAUGUCAUUGGGGGAUCGGAAUGGGCCGUUCGACGAGAGAAAACCAGCUUUAUGUGAGGACAGCACGGACAGUGACAAUGAGACGGAGCGGAAGAGACUGCUGCGGCGGAUCUCCACGAGCAAGUGCGUCGGCAGACUGCCCGUGGUCAAGGAGGGGUACCUGAUGAAGCAGACGCGCAGCUUCCAGCGCUGGCAGCGCCGCUACUUCCGCCUGCGCGGCCGCACGCUCUACUACGCCAAGAAGAAGGAGAGCCAGCUGUGGGAUGAGUGCGAGCUAGAGGACGCCGCCUUCGCCGAGUGCAGCAGCAGCCACGCCAACCACAGCUUCCAGGUCAUAACAGCACACCGCUGCCUAGUCCUCUGUGCGGACACCCGCGCGGAGAUGGAGGCGUGGGCGGGCGCGGUGCGCGGCGCGCUGGGGACGCAGGCGCGCGACGUGGCCGACCUCGUCGCCAGCCUGUCUUCCGGGGACCAUCACUGGUACACAGCGACACACGCGCGCCCGACAUUCUGCAACGUGUGCCGCGAGGGGCUCGGCGCGCUGGGCACGGCGCACGCGCUGGCCUGCGAGCUGUGCAAGCUGAAGGCGCACAAGCGGUGUGCCGCCCGCGCCCCGCCUAGCUGCAAGUGGAGCACGCUCGCCUCGCUCGGGCCGCAUCUGGUGGAGGAUGCUAAUGGGAAGAUCACGAUGCCGCACCAGUGGCUGGAGGGCAACCUGCCCGUGUCCGCCAAGUGCGACGUGUGCGACAAGACCUGCGGCUCUGUGCUCAGGCUGCAAGACUUCCGGUGCGUGUGGUGUCGCAAGUGCGUGCACGCGGCGUGCAAGCCCGGCUGGCGCGCGCCGUGCUCGCUGGGGGCGGCCAGGGCCUCGGUGGUGCCGCCCACGAGGCUCCACUCGGUGGGGCCCGACGACGCCUGGGUGCCCGACCGCCCACCCAACGCCUCGCCGCUCAUCGUGUUUGUCAACUCGCGGUCUGGUGACAACCAAGGCGUGAAGUUCCUCCGUCGCUUCCGCCAGCUCCUCAACCCAGCGCAAGUGUUCGAGCUGAGCGGCGCCGGCCCGCGGCUGGGGCUGCGCCUGUUCCGCCACUUCGCCCCGCUGCGCUGCCUGGUGUGUUCGGGCGACGGGAGCGUGGGCUGGGUGCUGCAGGAGAUCGAUAAGCUGGAUAUGCAUCGCCAGGUGCAAACAGCAGUGCUCCCGCUGGGCACGGGCAACGACCUGGCGCGGGUGCUGGGCUGGGGCGCCUCGUGCGACGACGCCGCCAGCCUGCCGCAGCUCAUCGAGCGCUACGAGCGCGCCUCCACCAAGAUGCUGGACCGAUGGUCAAUAAUGACGUUCGAGAGAGCCCUGACGGCGCCGCCUCCGCCGCCCGCGCCGCCCGACCUCAACGAUGAAGUGGCGCUGCUGAAGAACUUGCAGGAGAUCAUGCAGGUGGGCUCAGUAACCAGCGCAGACAGCGCGCUGCGGCUGGGCUGCGGGCGGCUGGCGGCGGCGGGCGAGCAGGCGGGCGGCGGCGCGGCGCGCGCUGCUCACCGGCUGCGGCGCGCGCUGUCGCUGCUGCUGCAUGCGCGGGCGCACCUCGCGCAUGAUCAUGCGCGCUGUCGGUCGUGGGAGCCGGCGGAGACCACGAGCGACAGCGACGGGGACGCGCCGCCCGCCGAGAAGGGCAGCAUCGAAAAGACUGAAAAGGAGCAGAUGAACUGGGCGGUGCGCGGGUGCGCGCUGGCGGGGCGCGCGGACAGCGUGCGGCGCGCGCUGCGCUCGCUCGUGCGCAAGCUGCGGCAGGUCUACCCGCAGACCGCGACCCAGCAACCCGCUGACUCCUGCGACACAUGCGGCGGCUCAAGCGACCCACCAGCCCCGGAGGUGGAGACCAUCUCGCUGCCCGUGCCGCGAGCCUUCGCCGAUAGCCGCCGCUCGUCCGCCGCCUCCGCCGUGUCCAGCGCCUCGGCGCAGCCGCUGCAUCCUGAUCACAUUCCAGACGUAGAUGAUGACAUAGCUAAGCUUAUUAACGUGAACGCAUCGGAUCAAAUGUUAGAUAUAGAUUAUAAAGCUGACAGAAGUAAGACGAGCUCUAAUUCGCCUCAGGACCGGCUUUCUCUUACUAAUCUCUCCUCCUGUGAUACUAGCUCUUGCAAAAACCUCUUCCGGCCUGACGACGAUGGAGUGACGUUAAACAGUAAUAGUAUAACGAUACCGAACCUAGUUGUAUCCGACGAGAGUAGCGAUAAACGGUCAACGACAUUACAGGGAGAAACUUAUGAAUCGGACCAAUUGACUAUUAUAGACACAGACAAACCUUACACUGACGAUGUGCAUUUCCAAGAGUUGUCGCGGGUGACGCCGCAGAGCGGGGACCGCACGCCCGAGAGGAGGCUCUCCAGUGUCGACUUAGAGAUAGACUCGAGUAGCUCAGAGGGGUCCAAUAUUAGCGAUGAUUAUAGUUUAAUGUCGGAAGUUAUAGAUUUGAAAUCAGGAGACAUAGAUGAAGCUGGAGGCUUCGGACAUAUUGAUUCUCCAGAAGCUUCUGAUGCUACGUACAUGAACUCGGAGACUUUGCAUGGAGAAUCAAUAAUGGAUGAUAUUAGCUCCAUGCUAGGGCAAGAUGUUCUUAUGGCCAUGAUGGGCAAGAAUGGUGAAAACGAAACGUAUACUGAUGAUACCACUUUGUUCACUUCCGAUACUGUAUCAGACAUCGGAAUGGAUAGUAGAAAUCCUAGUUUAGAAAAAAAUCACAAGCACAAAAUUCGACAUGCAGGUAAAGCAGGCCUGAAAGAUACUGAAGUUGAGAAAUUUGGUUUCGAAAACAGAGUAUUUUACAUCGAAAACUCAUCGAGGCCUGAGGAACAGAAAAAAUACUGUAGCUUAGCACAAUUUGAAGAAGGAAAUGACAUCGCCAGAAAAUCAUUCCGUAGGCAUCUGAGGAAAAGUUUAAAAACCAAAGUGAUGCCUGAUGACAAGAACCUUCUCCCGAAAACUGAAGAAGAGUCAAACAACCACAGUAUCAGCAUCAACAUUCCUGUCAUAAAAGAAUCUCCUGUUAGAGAACAACGGAAAGAACCAGAAAGCACAAACCAGAAACAAUUGUUUGAAACCUCAGGGUUUCCUUCAGUUAGCGUAGUAGUGGAACCACCGUCACCUUCACAUAGCGAUGAGAAGAAGAGCAUCAAGACUGGAAGUCGAAUGGCCUCAGUACUCAGCGAUCUGUUCAAUCAUGGGACUGAUACGCUUAGCGUGUUCUCGCCAGAACCAAGCAUUACUAAUAGAGAACGCAGGUCGUCAGACAAUCCUAAAUUGCUAGGUGAUCCUGAAUACGGAAAAUUUUUGAGCUGCUCACCCGCUGCCACUAGGCGGAUAUCUUGCGGAAGCCUCUUCAAACCUGGGGAACCAGACAACAGGCUGUCGACAUCAGUAUCAUCAAUAUGGGGUGAUGGUGGAUCUCCAAAAUGCGAUCAUGGGGAGAAAGCUAAGAAACUUCCAAUCAUCAAUCCCUUAGUCCAACUACCAGCCUGGCCCCACGUCACACAGGGCUUCAUCAGCCAAUGUCUACUUGCCAACGCCGACGCACUUUGCGCUGCUGUCAGUCCACUGAUGGAUCCAGAUGAGACGCAAAAUGAGGGUUAUUACGAAAGAGCCGUGAUGAACAACUACUUUGGGAUUGGGAUCGAUGCGAAAAUAACCCUGGACUUCCACAAUAAGCGGGAGGAGCAUCCUGAGAAGUGCAGAUCGAGGGCGCGGAACUACAUGUGGUACGGAGUGUUGGGGUCCAAGGAGUGGGUCAACAGAACUUACAGGCAUCUAGGUCAGCGAGUGCAGCUGGAGUGCGACGGGCAGAGGAUCCCUCUACCAGAGCUGCAGGGCAUCGUGGUGCUGAACAUCCCCUCCUUUAUGGGCGGCACCAACUUCUGGGGCGGCACCCGCGGCGACGACCUGUUCCUCGCACCCUCGUUCGAUGAUAGGAUUCUUGAGGUGGUGGCGGUAUUCGGCUCGGCGCAGAUGGCGGCGUCGCGGCUCAUCAACCUGCAGAAGCACCGCAUCGCGCAGUGCCGCGCCGUGCAGAUCAACAUCCUCGGCGAGGAGUGUGUGCCCGUGCAGGUGGACGGCGAGGCGUGGCUGCAGCCGCCGGGCUGCGUGCGCAUCGUGCACAAGAACCGCGCGCAGAUGCUGUGCCGCUCGCGCGCGCUCGAGACCAGCCUGAGGGCGUGGGACGAGAAACAACAGCUCAAGGCGCACGCGCACAGCCAGCCGGCGCACGCGCACGACGCGCUCACGCAGGGCGAGACGGCGCAGCUGCUGGCGCUUCUGGAUGCUGUUAACUCUAUGGUCAAACAGGUGAAGCUGGCCUGCAUAAGCGAGAGCGCAGUAUCUGGCACAGUCUCCGCCGCGGUGGCUGUGGCGAGACGAGUGGCGGCGCAGGCGGACGCGCUGCAAGACGCCGACGGGAAGCUGCUGCCGGCGCCGCAGCUGAGGACCAGGCUCGCUAAACUGGUGGAAAGCUGCCAUGAGCUGGUAGAGAGCGGCGGCGGCGCGGCGAGCAGCGCGCUGCGAGCGCACCUGGCACGCUGCGAGGUGCACGACGGACACGCGUACUUGCACGCUGAUGAGAUCGUGAAGAAGGGCUCGCGCUGGCUGCGCGCGCGCCGCUCCGUGUCCGAGGGGCCGGCGCACUCCGCGGCGCAGGUCAAGGCGUGGGGCGUCAAGGAGGUGCAGGCUUGGCUAGAAUCCCUCCAACUGUCGGAAUACUCUGAAGCCUUCGCUAAACACGACGUGACUGGCCGCGAGCUACUCGGCCUAGCUCGGCGGGACCUACGAGACCUGGGCGUCAGCAAGGUGGGCCACGUGAAGAGGAUACUGCAGGCGGUGAAGGAGCUGCAGUGACGCCGGCGCGGCCGCUCCGAAGGAGAUGGCCUUAAUUAGGACUGGAGCGAAGUAGGUUGGAUUGGUGGAGGUGUGAUUGAAUCAAGGACAAGUGUUGCGUUAGGUACAGUAUACAGCAGAGAAAUCUGACCUCUCUCAGAAGCAUUGUUACGAUGAGAGGGGUCAGAGGGAGGUACAAUUGUAAUGGUAUGUAGUGGAAUUAAAAGAUGGGUCGAUUGAAAUCGUGAUUGUAAUCGCUAGACUGGGUUAAAAAAAGUUGUCAGCUGAAAUGUAAACCCUGUGAAACCCAGGGUCUGUCUAGAAACGACUUGGUUCAUUUGUAGCACAUUUUCUGGUGUAGAUGUUGGUAUUUUAGGUUGGAACAGCGUGUCGAUGCUACUUUGGCAUCGAUACGUAGAUUAACAUCACUAUAUCGCGAUUUGCGUUUAUGGCGAGCUGAUUUAUGGGACGUGCAAUGAGCAUAAUACGAGUUUAACUACGGAGAUAAAGAUGCCAUGUCGUAGGCUCUGAUUUUUAACACUAGACUCUUGUCUUACAUGUUAGUCCUGUCGGUUUAGUCUCAGAGAUGAUAAUAUUAUUGACCAAUGACCGUAGAUAAAGAAAUUGACUCAGAGAGAGAAAUAUGUAGGUCUUAGAGAAUGAUAAGGCGACCAUUCAGAACUUCUUCUAGAAGGUUGUAGGUUGUGGUGUAAUGUAGGGUCUUAUUCUAAUGAAUGACACAAAAAAUUAUCGCUAAGAAGUCGAAAAAACAUUUACCUUUCAUUGUUAAUUCCAACUAUUCCCAUUUCGCUAGUGCGAUGAUGUUUUUGUUACAAUUUGACAAGUCUUAAAGAUAAAUUUUCUUCUUCGUCAAAAUUAAAGCCAAAUUGUCGGUUCUAAAGGAUUCCUCGAGUUCCCACCGAGAAAACGAACGUUCUUUACGCCAAAAUGUAAUGUCCUUAAAAGGCAAAAAUUCUAAAAGUUGAGUAAAAUUGAAUAUAAAAGACUGAUGGAAACAAAACUAGAAUUUGCUGUUAGGAACAAAAAAAAGAAACUAUUGAAUUUAAGUCAUAGGUCUGUCUGUGUCACUAUUAGCUUAUUUAUAUCUACUCGUCUAUCGCUAAAUGCUAUUUUCUAACUAUUUUUCUAACUACGCAUCGAAUAUCCUACCUCUUGAAUACCUAUGUCUAUUAUUGCUGUCAUGCUCUAUUCACUCUAUUGCAGAAAAAUUAAAUUUAAAUAAAAAAAUCUGCAUGUAAUAGUGCUGAAUUUCCAAAAAAAAACUUAAACUAAAAAAGGAAUGCAAUGUUUGGACCCACGGUUAAUUAGUAAACCUGUAUUGUUUCAAAUAAUUUAUUUAAUAUUACAGUAACUCGUGAGCAAAAGUAAUUGAUAAAACUAAUUUGAACUAAGCAGGGUGAAUAAUAAAAUUAUUCGGGCCAAUAUCUUCUACCUUAUUUCUUAAACUACUUACAAAAACUAUCUACUUUACUAUUGUUUGCAUUUACACCUAACAAAUCCACGAAUUUAUGUAAUACCUACUCAACGAAUGAAAAGACAUUUUCUUAUCCUUAAAAAGUAAGUAUACUUUUUCCUUCCAAGUUCCAGACAGCUGUAUAGUAGAAGUUGAUAAGCCAGUCUAAGGUCAUAUCGAUAAUUUACAUACGGAAAUAAAAAUAAUACAUACUGUAUAUGUAAAAUAAUAUAUUCCUUAUGUAUACUAAGCUGAUGUUUAUCUCAUUCAGAAACGGAUUUUAAAUACAUGUAGUUUGAUAUCCUUAGUGAUCGAGCUCUACCGGAUGUCGGCAUGUUUUCCGGUCACUCAUGAAAUUUCACCCUAUUUUAAACAUGUAAGUAAUUCGUACAAAAAGCUGCCAUUACUGCCUUCUACCCGUUGGAAUUUCGGACUGAGGAAACUGUUUAUUUAUUAAUAAAGUAAAAUACAAAUAGACCAUCGGUAAGUUCAGCAUUCAGAUACAUUAUAUUCUCCUAAAUAUGGUUAUUAUACACGAUUACUCGUAAUUAUUGUGGUAAGGAAUUAAACUCACUACUUACAAUGAAAGUGGUUAUUUAACGUUAGACUUUGUAACCUAAUAUUAUUUAGAACACCCACGGUACCUUGUUCUCUGGGCAUUUGUUUAAUUUCUCACAUAGCGUAGACCGAGUAAGAAUAAGUACCUUGUCUACCUAGGUUUUAGAUUACGAAUAGAUUUAUAUCAAGUAUGUAUUAAUGGUCACUAUUUUCUGUAUGGAACAUACCUAGAAAGGUAAGCGUACAGUUAUCGGUAUGUACGUGCGUAGCGGCUAAAACGAAUUUUCAUAAAUGUAUGGAGAAUAGGCGUCGGAAAUGCCGAUGAAGUGGACGCACUUGUGUGAAUUUCUAUACAAGUAAUACUGAAUGCGAUGCGCCUGUUGCAUACGAUGCCGAAAGGUGUACGCUUACCACAGAACCGAAUGAAAGUUAUUACAUGUUGAGUAUUGCUCUCUUGGGACAGGUAAUUUGGAACCUUAAGCCCUAGUUUCACCAUAGUCUGUUACAUCAUUAACACCCCUGUUACAUUGUUAUGUCAUCAAUUAUACGUCAUCUCCAUAUGAAAUUCUUGACAGAUGUGUC